AUGGCGAGCGAAAGCCGGCUGCUUUCCCGCCUCCGCCGGGCGGCCCGCGGGGUGUACGUGUUGUCACUCUUUGCGAGUUUUGCCGCCUUUAUGAACAUAAACUCGAGCGGAAUCGGUGGAUUACUUGGAGAAAAUAGUAUUCCUUUUUCAAUUGGAGCCGAAGGAUCUUUAAACGUUCAUUCUUGCGUCGCCGAUUUCCUCGUUUCUUCUCUCCGAGACCUGACGUAUGUGACGUUUGAUCAAGUUGUGUUCCCUGUCUGUGACUCGACAUCCGGACCUCUUUGCCCUCACUUGAAGUUUCCUCUCCUUCUUCCUGAAGCAGAGUCGGAGCGCAUGCGGCGCCCCUACGGCAUCAGCAAGCAGGUUGGUGCAUAUUCAGCUCAUCUACACCGCCCUCUGCUAGUAGAUGCUGGGGGAGAAGCGCCCAGCAGCAGCAGCAGCAGCAGCAGAGGCGUUCCCGCCCUUGUUCAACUGGACACCUCUCGUACGUUUCUACAUUCUGAGCCAGUUUCUGCAUCUCGUAUUCAGCGGCACAGCGUGGAGGAGCCUUAUGCAAUAAGAGGGCAGUACCUUGAAGACGGCAUCGGAGAUGUUUCUUCUCCUACUUUUUCUGAUGCAAUUUCUUCUGCUAUUGGGCAUUUAGGGGCAAUUGUGAGCAGCAUGCGGGAGAUAUGGGGCCCUAAAAGCACUACAGAAUCAGAAAGUUUUGUAUGUUUUCAUGCGGGAGACCGUGAAGACCGCAGUGAUUGCCACGACUUGUCUUCUUUUUCUUCUUUGCCGCCGCACUACGAAGCGGAGGUAGAGGCAUUUCACAGCGGAUGGAGCGGUUCUUCUCGUUUGCUGCAGUUUGAUCGCUCUAAAUCUCCUUUUAUUUCUCCUUUUCUAGAAGAUGAUUAUGCAGUGGGGCUUCCUGAAGCAGAGACGCGCUGGAAAGGCCGUUGGCGCGUCAAACCCACUCGGGGAGUCUCGGGCCCUGAGGUGCUGAAGCAGCAGCAGCAGCAGCAGCAGCGUCAGAAGCAGCGGGAAGCGACGCAUGCAUUGCCAUUAACAGGGGUUAUAAAGGAGGGUUUUACUGCGAAACCGUCGAGCUAUGCGUCUGUGUUGAAUCUAAGGGGGCCCCCUGUGCCUAUCUCUACUUAUGCAGAGUUAGACAGCCACCAGGGGUCUUUCUUACAUUCAAAUUUGUUUGUACCGUAUGGAAUCUGGGUGUCUGCUACACCCCGAGAACCGAAUCCAAGCUGCAGCAAGGAAGCAAGAGAGCAGUCUCGAAAUUUGGUGUUGGUUAUUCAGGGGCUUCAAGACGAAGAGUUAGUGUUUACUGCAGAAGUACCUUUGCGAGAGGUAUUGGGGCUGCAUGCGGCUAGCGAAGAGGGAGAAGAAGUAGCUCCUGAAUUUCGUUUUGUUAAUGCUCUUGAUUAUAUGAAGACGUCACCCUUACAAAGAAUUGAUGUUUUGCGGUUUUUGUAUGGAUAUACAGACAAAACAACAAAGGGGGCAGACAGAAUAACAUUUAGAAGGCCUCUAGAUUGCUCGGGCCUUCGCGGUGUGCUAGGAGCUCUUCAUUUGUUAAUAGCAGAGAAGACCCUUAGCAACCGCAUUUAUUAUGCAGUAGAUAUAACAACACCAGAAGGAAAGGUGCUACAGGAAAAGGCGCAUGCAAUAAAAAUGCAGCAGCAGCAGCAGCAAACGAGGAAGCAAACGCUAACAGAUGCUAAGGCCCCAUUAAUAAAACAACUUCUAGGAGGAGCUACUCCUAGGCCUUGGAAACCGCAUAAAUUAGAAAUAGGCUCGGCAUUAAGAGCAGAUAUAUUCAGUGGAGAAGAGACAGACGCACAGAAAGAAGGAGGUGUAUUUCUAGGGGUAGUGCUGCGAUCGCAGCAAGACAGAGUGCUGCAGCUGCUGGAGCCGAACAGUAUUUCUUCUUCUUCUCUACCUGUUUCUUGGCAAGAGAAUAAUCGAAUUAAGUUUGGUAGAUUUGAUGCAAUGCCCUACCAAUUUGCUGAUCUUAGAAAGCCUUUAAAGAAGGGCUUCCUUUUCUUGCAAGAUAUACCCGCUGAAGCCCCUGUUCUGUCUCUUAAUCAAAUAUCUCAACUUAAACAUGUUUUCUUUCGCAAGCCCGUCGCAGAGACGCACGGCCGCUUUAAAAAUGUAGACUUAGAGUCUGCGGGAAUUGGAGACUUACGUUCCCUCAUGAAGUCAAUAUUAAGCAGCAUAGAGACAAAGAAAAACCCUGGAGCAGCUGCUGCUUCGCUGCUAGACAAGCUCAGCAAAGACAAAGCAAAAGAGAUAACAGCGCAUGCGCAUCCAGCCCCAGACCCAUCUGAAGCUGCAGCAGCCGAUGAUUCUACAGAAGCAACACAGACAGAAGCCGCAGAAGAAGGCGAUCCCAUGCAGGUGAUCCACUCAAACAUUGCGAAAUCCCUCACAACUCUGGCGGAAACCUUGGCGAAAUCUUCUCCGAGUUUUAAGGAUCUGCUGCAGAAGGUUUCAACUCCAAUCGAAGGUGGCGUUGAAGAUUCCAGUAUUCAAUCUGAGGGUAGCAAUGGGAGUUCAGUGUCUGUAAACACCACCGAAGAAGACAAAAAGAGCAGCAGCAGCAGCAGCAGCAGCAGCGAUGCAGCGCAGCAGCGAAAGGAGAGCGCGGGGCCCUCAAACAAAACCAAGAGCAGCAAAACCUCAAAGACAUCCAAAGACGCUCCGCAAGCGGCUGUGCAGGCAGUCCUCAUAAUGGGGCCUGAUGGGCAGGUGAUUAAUUUCGAUGGGCCUGCGGUGUCUGCAGCAGAAGCGUUCUCGAAUUUGCCUGAGACAUUUUUAUCGUUGGCUCGUCAAAUGGGCGCAGCAAUUGGAGCGGAGGGAGGAGAGGAGAUGCUGAAGGCAGUUGCUUCUGCGGCUGCUGCUGCAGCUGCUGCUCCUGCUGCCGAGGCUGCUGCUGCUGCUCCAGCUGCUGCUGUUGCUGCUGAACAAAACAAAAGCAAAGAAGACAAAAACAAAAAACAAGCGGGGGGGGAGCAGCAGCAAAUGGUAGGCGACUCCUCGGAUGAAGGCCCGGAGGCAGCGAGCCCAAGCAGCAGCAGCAGCAAAGUCAGCAGCAGCAGCAAGACCGGCAGCGGCAGCAAGACUAGCAACAGCAGCAAGACCAGCAGCAGCAGCAAGAGCAGCAACAACAGCAACAGUAGCAGCAGCAAGACUAGCAACAGCAGCAAGACCAGUAGCAGCAGCAGCAGCAAAACCAGCAGCAACAAGGGCAGCAGCAGCAAGAGCAGCAACACCAGCAGCAACAGCAACAGCGACAAGGAGAAGCCUUCUAUGCCUGAGGUGCCUGAGGGCUUAUUUGGAGAAGCGCUGAAGGUAAUGCUGCAUGCAGACAACUCAGUAAUCUCUGCUUUAAUCCGUACAGCCGAAACGCAUGCACAACGUAUAUUAGCAGCAAACGGUGCAGCAAACUUGGAGAUGCCUCCAGCGUCUUUCUUAACAAAUGUUUUAAAGGGGCUGCAGCAGCAGGCUUCGAAGCAUGCGCAAGACAAACAGGACGACGAUGAACUCUAA